AGUCUACGCGCUUUUCUUUCGGUCUUUCUCUUUCCUUCCUGUCGCCAUUUUGUGGUUAAGUUCAUUUCUCGCUCGCUGUGGCAUAAAUAUAAGUUGUAAUAUAGCUGUGUGUUAUUUUCUCUAAAUUGUGCUUUCGUCGUGCUAAGUGAUACUGAUAUAAGAACCUAAAAUGCCGGGCGCCGGUACUUUCAAAAUCUUCGUCGGGAAUCUUUCCGAUAAAACUACGGACGCCGAUCUUAGACCGCUAUUCGAAAAAUACGGUACGGUCGUAGAAUGCGAUAUCGUCAGAAAUUACGGUUUCGUGCACAUGGAAAACGAGCAAGUCGGACGCGAAGCCAUUCAGAAUUUAAACGGAGAGAUGGUUCAUGGCCAGGCGAUCAAAAUAGAAGCCGCCAAGAGCCGAAAGGCGCCGUCGACGCCGACCACCAAAAUAUUCGUCGGUAACCUUACGGACAAGACGCGCGCGCCCGAAGUCCGCGAGCUGUUUCAGAAGUUCGGCACGGUCGUCGAGUGCGAUAUCGUUCGUAACUAUGGCUUCGUGCACUUGGACGCGACGGGCGACGUGAACGAAGCUAUCAAAGAGCUGAACGGUAUGAUGGUGGACGGACAGCCCAUGAAGGUGCAGCUGUCGACGAGCCGCGUCCGCCAGCGGCCGGGCAUGGGCGACCCCGAGCAGUGCUACCGCUGCGGUCGGGGCGGCCACUGGUCCAAGGAGUGUCCCAAGGCGCUCGGCCCCGACCGGAACGGUUUCCGCGAUCGAGCUUUCGGCCGCGACCCCUACCCUCCGCCGCCGCCGCCGCCGUUCCUUCGCGAUCGCAUGAUGGGAGGAUUUGGGGACCCCUACGAUGGGUACUACGACCGGGCUCGGUUUGAGUCUCCGCGGGACCUGUUCGAGCGGCGCUACCCAGUGGGAGCUUCGCGCGGGCUAGAGAUGGGCGCGUCGCGCGGCGGCCGCGGGGACUUUGUGUCGCCGCCGCUGCGCCGGGAGCCGAUGCCGCCCAUGCCGAGCCUGCCGCCGAUGCGCAGCGGGAUGGGAUCCAUGAGGUCGUCGUAUGAUGCUAUGUACAGCAGGAGAAGUCCCCCUCAAGGACCUCAAAUGUCCCGGGGAAUGUAUGAAGACUUUAGCCGUGAUACAUUUGAUGACAGAAGGCCGGGAAUGAGAGGACCAUCUCCCUCCAGAAGAUAUGCGCCUUACUAGGUUAAUAUAAAAAGUUAGAUAUAGUCCAACGCUCAGUUGCAAUCAAUUGUAAUUUGUACUUGACUGGCUGACCGAUAGUUAGUACUGUUUUAUAGAGAAUAAAAGUAUAAUUUGAAUAAGUUGGUGGGAGUGACUGAUUUGAGAUUUCCACAAGUGCGAUUGGCAUGGAUGCUUAUGAAGUUAUGAAUGUGUAAUGUGACUAAAUGUAAAUAAGUGAAAUAAAUAUCAUUUUAAGUACAAAAA